GUUUUUUUGACAUUUAUCUCGUAUCUUUUGCUGUGCUAGCACUAUAUUAAUUUCGUAAAAGUUUGUGCGCUUUUCAAUCUUUAGCAAUGACUUUAUCAGAAUAUACACAAUUGAAGCAGCAACUAGUUUUUUAUGUCGGUGGUAGUGAACGGCACAGUCAACUGCUAAGUACUUUGAAGGAGCACUUUCGAGACGACAUCAAUUCGCCCAGAAGAUAUGAAAAGAUAGUAUCCAUUGGUCAGUUAUUGCGUGUUUUGGAGAUAAGAGACGUUCUAUCAGAGAACAACGUCGGCCCACUGAAAGAAAUUGCACGUAGGAUUCCAAACGGCAAUGAUUUGCUACAAAAAAUUAAUGAGUAUGAGUUGAAUCGCGUCCCAACUGAGUUUGUUAACUUGUAUGCGUCUGAAAAUAUACAUAGCACACCACAUCGACCCGCGGAAAGUUUCGUCACCAGUAACCCGAAUACAGCUAUGAGUGAAGCCAAGAAGCAACGUAUCAUUGAUACAGUCAUUGACAACAUUGGCACAUACUGGCGUGAUCUGGCAAGGAGUUUGGAUAUCAAAGAAAAGAUUAUCGACAAACUCAACGAGAGCAACAAGCCAUUGCAUUUAAGAGCCAAAACAAUAAUGGAUAUGUACCAAAAAAUUGCAGACAGUCAAAAUUGGUUUUUUGAACUAUGUGAUGCUUUAGAAACUUGUAGAAGGAGAGACUUGGUAAAAAAACUCAAGAAAAUUGCUACAAUGAACAUAUGAUUUUAUUGACUAGUUCCUGGUUCCACAGGGUACGCCAGAAUUAAUUUGAUAAGAUAAAAAUAUUGCACUAAAAAUUCUAGCAUUAUUUUUUAUUACUUAGUUUUUCUGCCAGCGCACUAGUUUGACUUUUUAUAGUCUGUCUCAAAUUAGACAAAAAAUUUAUUUUCAUUUUU